AAUUCAGCAGGGAGAGGUGUCUGUCCCUCCCACAGUCCCACUCCCACCUCCCCUCAUUGCCUCGCCGCCGCUCGCCGUCGUUAUCCACCGGACAACGAGCAUCCCCUGACGAGCGCAGAACCGAGCUCCGGCGCCGCCGAUCUCGGAUGCCAAGGCGGGCUACAGUUUUGCCUCUCCCGAUUGCUCCGUCUCUCGAGUCGGUUUCCGAUUCGAACGCAGGAUGCCAAAUUAACCGCUAACUCCUUCAAAAUCUGAACUCGGGAGGCAAGAGAAGAAGAGAAUCAAACAGAGCGCCUCUGGAUUUUGAUUCUCAACACUACAAGAGGCAUUUUUUUUUUUGCCGGUGGAGUAUAUGAACGGCAAGCGGAAGAGAUCGGGUGGAACCAUGGAGACUCGUGCCAUCAAGUGCAGGACGAUGCAGCUUCUCCAUGAACUUCAAAUAAACGAAUUGGGCACAUCUGCAAAAAUAAUUGACGCACCACCGCGACGAGGUGAUAUUUCUACUGGCAUAAUGCGAGAACUCCCGCUCGAUAAACUUCCAGAGGACAUCUUGCAUCAUGUAUAUUCUCUUAUGCCAUUGAAAGAUGCUGCUCGUGCUGCUUGUGUGUCACAUGGAUUUCUACGUUGCUGGAGACGCUAUCCAAUCCUUAUAUUAAAUAACAAAACGAUAGGUUUGAUUAAGAGAAAACUCAGUUUGGAUGACAUGGAAAGCUAUGCUGUCAGUAAAAUUGACCAUAUUAUUAAGAGCCAUUCUGGCAUUGGGGUGAAAGUGCUUAAACUUCAACUGUUCGCCUGUCCGAAUAUAAGUGCAGCUGUUCUUGACAAAUGGUUUGUAACCGUUAUCAAACCUGGGAUCGAAGAACUCUCCUUGGAGAUGUCUUUCAUUGAAAAAACGGACAGAAUACAACUUCCCAUGUUCCGUUCUAUCCAAUAAGGCAGAGGGAUGGACAAUUCAGUCACUUUUCCUCUCCUCCUGUGCUUUUCAUCCUACGGUGACUCUUGGUUGCAACAUAAGCUUGACAAGCUUGCAUCUAUGUAAAGUCGAUAUUUGUGGGGAGGAGUUAGGGCAGUUCCUUUCCAAUUCAUUCUCUUUGGAGCGAUUGGUAAUUUCUGAAUGCAGUGAUAUAGUCCAGUUUAAGGUACCUUGCCUGAUGCAACAGCUCAAGUACCUCGAGGUUACAAAAUGUCAAAUGCUACAAGUGAUAGAGAUAGAUGCUCCCAAACUCUCCACUUUUAUCUAUGGGGAUGUUGGAGUUAAAAUCUCUCUUGGAGAUCCACUGCAGGUCAAGGACAUACGUCUGAUGGGUUACAAUGAAGCCGACACCGUCUGUUAUGCUCGUACCAAGCUUCCAUCCAUUUUGCCAAAUAUUGAAUCACUUGUCGUGUCAUCUCCUAAUGAGAUGACCAGUACGCCAGUGGUGCCCAGCAAGUUCCUCCACCUCAAGUUCUUGGAGAUUUAUCUUAAAGAAUUAUUUGCCUCACUUCCCAGCUAUGAUUUCUUUUCUCUGGUUUCUUUCUUGGAUGCUUCCCCUGCCUUGGAGACUUUCAUCUUGCACGUAGAGCAGCAGUUCGAAAGGCAUGAUUCGAUUCUUGAUGGAGAACCUACGGAUUUGAGGCGAAUUCUGCACGACGGACAUGCCAACCUCCAGAAUGUGACGAUCACCGGCUUCAAUUCUACAAAGAGCAUGAUUGAGCUAACAACUCACAUUCUUGAGAAUGCACCAUCGCUCAAGUGCAUUACGCUGGAUACAGCCAACUUCUCUGGCAAGAACCAUUUGGCGAUGGGCGAAUGCUCUCCUAUGAUGAGAGGAGGGAUCUUGGAAGCACGAAGAGCUUUCGAGGCAGCCAGAAGACACAUCGCGGGGAAAAUACCCUCCUUUGUCGAGUAUAAGUUUCUGGAACCCUGCAGGCAUUGUCAUUUUGGGUACUGACACAAUACAUCUCAAGAAGUCCAGAUAGCGUUUCUUCAGAGGAGAAAUUCAAGUGUAGAAAUCUAUAUUGACGCUCAAUCCUUUUUGCUUGUUCGCAAAAAAGAAAAAUCGAAUGUAGAAAUGUAAAAAUGCACAGCAGUACAGCACAACCAAGUAAAGAACAAGUAUGGUAUUUUGGGGGACAUUCUUGCA